GUUAUAAAUACUCCCGUUGACGGUAGAAAAGAGUUAGUUGUGUGUGGUGGAUACUGUCCGGAUACAACAUGACUGCGUGUUUAAGAAUGCUGGGCCUCGUGGCCGUCACAAUCGGUCAUAUAACACAAGGUAUGAUCAUCUACAACCCGACGUCGUACACGAGUCGGUACACUGAUCCGUGUUCGCCAAGUCCGUGCGGUUCCAACACUCAGUGCCGCGUGGCCGAGGGAAGACCCGUUUGCAGCUGUCUGCCCGGCCACUGGGGAAAUCCGACGACCUACUGUCAACGCGGCGAGUGCGAAGUCAAUCAAGACUGCCCAAACUCGAAAGCUUGCCGUAAUUACAAAUGUGAAGAUGUAUGCUCAGGACAAUGCGGACGUAACGCAGACUGCUCACCCAGGAAUCAUAUUGCUGUGUGUUCCUGUCCAGCCCGUCAUGUCGGUGAUCCAUCCGUGUCUUGCCGCCAAAUGGACCCACAAGAACUAUGCUACCCCAGCCCGUGUGGCCAAAACACCAAAUGCGAAGUGAUCAACGACGUGCCGGUGUGCAGCUGCCUUCCGGGUUACAUCGGUUCGCCUUCUUCCGGUUGCCGUCACGAAUGCGACUCCGACUACGAUUGCGGUCCGUCCCAGAUGUGCCAACAGUACAAGUGCACUUCCGCAUGCUCUGCGGGAACUUGUGCUCCGACUGCGAUAUGUGAUGUCCACAACCACCGGGCUUCCUGUUCGUGUCCGAAGGGUUACUUCGGCGACCCGUACACAUCCUGCCGGGCCGAAUGUCUGUCGCACGCCGACUGUCCAGCGGACCGUCCGGCGUGCUCGGGCGAAAGGUGCGUGAACCCGUGCAGCGGCAACGUGUGCGGCAUCAACGCCAACUGCGAGGCGCGGGGUGCGACUCCCAUAUGCAGCUGCCCGCGGACCAUGACCGGUGACCCGUUCGUCCGGUGCCGUCCGUUCGAGCCGGCCGACCUCUGCGAACCGAACCCGUGCGGCGAGAACGCCCGGUGCCAGCCCGGCCACGACGUCACCGGCAAGGAGCGGCCGGUGUGCACGUGCCUGCCCGGCUACACGGGCGACGCGCUGUCCCGGUGCAGGCGCGGCGAGUGCUCCGCCGACGCCGAGUGCCGUCACGACCAGACGUGCGUCGACUACCAGUGCCGGAACGUGUGCACUGGCCAGUGCGGCGUGGACGCCGAGUGCAACGCCCGCAACCGUGUGGCCACGUGCUCCUGUCCGCCGGGUUACACGGGCCACGCGAUGACCAGGUGCUAUCCGAAGUCGUCGACAUCCGGGCGCGUCUACUAUAAUAACCGCAAGAAGUGAACAUCAUAACAAUAACCGUUGUCGGGUGUACAGCCGCCGUGUCGCAUACAAUAUAAUAUCAUAAUAAUAUAAUGUCAUCGUCGUUUCAUUGGCCCGUUUAUAUUGGAAUCGGUUUGCGGUUGGUGAGAUUGAGUGGCCGCACAACUGUUGUGAGAAUGUUCCGGCCGAUCGUUCAGUAAUAAUUUACGAACGAACAAUUUAAUUUUACUUAUCCCAGCUAACGUGUAGGUACAUUGCCAUAUUAUUUAAUUAUUAUUGUGAAAGUUCAAAAGUUUAAUCUCGGCGUUAUAACUUACUUAUAUACCUAUACAGUUCGUAUAUUAUUAUGUUAAAAUUAUGCGGUAGUAAACACGCUGUACGCCGACACGAUGUUAAUAUUUGUAUUAUUGUUUAUUGCGCAUUGUCCGUGGACAGUUUUCAUUUUCUUAAAUAUUAUUACAGUUACCAUUUUUUAUAACUUUUUUUUUUUAAUAAUAUUAUAUAAUUUAUUUUUACUGUC